CGCGCAAGUGUGUGUCCCGAGGCGUUCUGGUUCCCAUCGGCUGUGCUUCCCGUUUUCAUGUUCGUGCCCUGCGCGGGUCAUUGCUUGCGGACCUGAAUUGGGCACAGGGCAGGUUGAGCAAAUCAGGCGUGUGCACUCCGGAGGAGGAGCGAGCGGAACGGGCCGCUUGUGGAACUUGUUGGUAACUGAGGCCAGAGGGAGCCGAGUCUGCUGUGAAGUGAAGCCCAGGUUCCAGGGAUGUACAUGCAGGUGGAGACACGAACCAGCACCCGCCUCCAUCUGAAGAGGGCUCCAGGCAUCCGGUCUUGGUCCCUGCUGGUCGGAAUAUUAUCCACUGGCCUGGCUGCUGCCUAUUACAGUGGAGAUAGUCUGGGCUGGAAGCUCUUCUAUGUCACAGGCUGCCUGUUUGUAGCUGUACAGAACUUGGAGGACUGGGAGGAAGCCAUUUUCAACAAGAGCACUGGGAAGGUCAUCUUAAAGACAUUCAGUCUCUACAAGAAGCUGCUGACUCUUCUCAGAGCAGGCCAUGACCAAGUGAUGUGGAAGCCAUUGCCAAACUCAUCACCAGCUUCUUGGAGUUGCACCGCCUGGAGAGCCCCUCAGAACGGUCACAGAGCAGCGACAGUGAAGCCGAUGGCCCUGGUGACCAAAGCUGACAGCGUGGAGCAGCUGCUGAACCAUGGGCUGGACAUCUUCCACAACCCAGAAAGGCUGCAUCUAUCAGAAUGCGGGAGAUGGGUGCUACAUCCAGAGGAGGGCAGCAAAUCAGAAAUGAGUGCCUUCUCCAGAGACAGACUACAGCUCUGGCUUAGGUCACAGCCUGGUGUGGAUAAGCUCACCCAAGGGCAUCCAAGGUCAGCACAGGCCUAGUGUCUGCCUUGAAGAGGCCUGCCACCCCAGGCUAUGUAGUCAAGGCCCCACACUUCAUAGUGAGGUUGAGACACCCACAUGCAUGUAAGGAGGACCCACAUGCAUGUAAGGAGGACCCACUCCUGUGCACAGUGGUGCCGACUUGUGCUAUAAAUCCUGAUGUCUCCUCUCCUGGACCAGCCCCCCUCAAGAUGGACAUUCUUGGUGGUCAGGGGUUUCCCUGAAGGCAGCCUGGCUGCAGAACUCUCAGAGAAGUCGGAGUGCUGCAGACUGCCCCGUUCCUGCCUGGACUGCUGAGAGCCCAGCAGUGUUGGAGCACCACUGUUAGGAACAGAAGGCUCUCCCAACCCAAACUGGGAAGAAGCUGCCAGUGGAGGAAAGGCCACCUCUUCUGGUUUUCUGCAGCCUUUGAGAACUAGGAGCUCCUUUACAAAAACUGAGUCUUAGCCUCCCAAGCCUUGGAAAGACCUGGGGAAGACAGGCACGUGAUACAUAUCCCUACAAAGUGAGGCAGGAAGAAAGUUGAAGGCCAGCCUGGGCACGGCCUCUUCUAACAGAAGCUGUUCCAGCCCCUGAUGGCCUUCUAUGCUCUUCUAGUUCUCUCUGAGGGACUCAAGUCCCCCACAAGUACAGUGUUCACUAAGUUGCCGGGAAGCUUGGCUUCCAGGCCUGAAAGCUGUGGACCUCUGGUCUACACACAACCCCCAAAGCUGCGUGCCUAUGCCUGGCCAGGUAGAACUGGGAAAACGAGGAGUUAUAAACAAAGAAGUCAAGGCAGCCUUGAGGCCACUGUACUGGGCUGGACAGGAAUAGUUACGCCAGAACCUUCAACAGGUCUUUUUGAAGUGACUGCUAUCAGUUCUGACUUGGGGAAUAUGGUUGAACAUGUCAAAGUAAGCUUUUGUUUUGUUUUACGAGACAGGGUUUCUGUGUUGCCCUGGCUGUCCUGGUACUUGCUCUGUAGACCAGACUGGCUUUGAACUCGCAAAGAUCUGCCUGCCUCUGCCUCCCAAGUACUGGGAUUAAAGGUGUGUGCCAACAUUGCCUGGCAGAAUGAGUUUUUUCAAUGGUCAAAUUGGACAAUUUUUUUUCUUCGCAAAUGAAGUGCGAAACAUAGCCAGUGGGUUCUGACUUGUCACCUACAGGCUCUUAAGGUACUUUAGACAAGGGAGGAGUCUGUCUCUCGGGUGCUGUCCUAUCCCUUUCCUCUAUUUCCCAGUGCUGGGACUCAUUCUUGGGUGAAGGAACGAAGCCCUCUAUGAGCCAGGGUGGUGGCAAAAAGCUGAUUCAAGUUUCUGUAAGUGGGACUUCUGCUUCUACUGUCUUUUUUUAUUUCAUAAUAAAGCUCUACAUGCAAAU